GGGCCAGCCCCAGCCGGGUCACUUCGUCGGCGUGCAGUCUCUUAGAUCUCCGAGCUCCUCGGGGCCCGUCCGCAGGUGCCGGUGGUUCCUCGCUCUGUGCCACCGAGCCGCAGCAGCGCCGUGUCCCGCCGCGUAGAGAUACAAACAAUCGGAGCCCGAAGGUGUUGUUCGGAUGCGGGACACAGCGGGUGGAUGCAGACUGGGUGUGCACAGGAUUCGCCGGGGGAUGCUCGUUUUGCCACCAUUCCAUUCAAAGAGAUGAGAGAGGCCCGGAGGAGUCGUUGCUUAUUUAUAGGUGGUGACCAGCAAAACAAACACCUGCCAAGGACCCCCUGCUUGAGGCUGUUUUAUUCCUGGUGCCAAGAGGAUGCUCCAGUGGGUGCCUAAGUGUCACACUCUCUUCCAGGUCUCUCCCUGCUGCCUGUGCUGCUGACCCCAGCCCUCUGGCCCCCAAAGCUCUGCAGGCUCCUGCUCUGCACUCAGCAUGCCCCUCCCUGGUGGACUCCGGCCCUCUGAGGAAUCGCUCUGGAGCUCGAGGCCAGCCUACAGGGAGAGCAUUUUUCAUCCUUUCCAAACGUGAAAAGAGUGGCCAUCUGCACAGACCCUGUCACGCGAAAUCAGCACGAAAGCAGCUCUUUGAUAAAGGUGAUACGGCUGUGCUGCUGCCUCCUCCUGUGCCAGGGCUCCUCCCACUUGUCUCCCAUCCCUGGUAGGAAAUGGAGUCAAAGGUCUCAGAAGGCGGCCUGAACGUCACCCUCACCAUCCGGCUGCUGAUGCAUGGCAAGGAAGUCGGAAGCAUCAUUGGAAAGAAAGGAGAGACUGUGAAGAAGAUGCGUGAAGAGAGCGGGGCGAGAAUCAACAUCUCGGAGGGAAACUGCCCUGAGCGGAUUGUGACUAUCACUGGCCCCACCGAUGCCAUCUUCAAGGCUUUUGCCAUGAUCGCCUACAAAUUUGAGGAGGACAUAACCAACUCAAUGAGUAAUAGCACUGCCACCAGUAAACCUCCAGUGACGCUGAGACUGGUUGUACCAGCUAGCCAGUGUGGCUCGCUGAUUGGCAAGGGAGGCUCCAAGAUCAAGGAAAUCAGGGAGUCCACAGGUGCUCAGGUUCAAGUGGCAGGGGACAUGCUGCCCAACUCCACGGAGCGGGCGGUGACAAUCUCGGGGACACCCGACGCAAUUAUCCAGUGUGUCAAACAGAUCUGUGUGGUGAUGCUGGAGUCCCCACCAAAAGGUGCCACCAUUCCCUACCGCCCAAAGCCCGCCUCCACCCCUGUCAUUUUUGCAGGUGGUCAGGUAAGAGCCGACCCGCUUGCAGCCUCCACUGCCAACCUCAGCCUUUUACUGCAGCACCAGCCGCUGCCAGCCUACACAAUUCAGGGACAAUACGCCAUUCCACACCCGGAUCAGUUGACCAAGCUCCACCAGUUGGCUAUGCAGCAAACCCCCUUUACUCCCCUUGGACAGACCACCCCCGCUUUCCCUGGAGAAAAGCUGCCCUUACAUUCCUCCGAAGAAGCUCAAAAUCUGAUGGGCCAAUCAUCAGGUCUGGAUGCCAGUCCCCCGGCCAGUACUCAUGAACUCACCAUUCCCAAUGAUCUAAUAGGCUGCAUAAUCGGACGCCAAGGGACCAAAAUCAAUGAAAUUCGGCAGAUGUCUGGAGCACAGAUCAAAAUCGCCAACGCUACGGAAGGGUCAUCGGAGCGCCAAAUCACCAUCACAGGAACCCCCGCCAACAUCAGCCUCGCUCAGUACCUCAUCAACGCCAGGCUGACGUCUGAGGUCACUGGAAUGGGCGCACUCUAAUUUCCACCCACCAUCCUCCACUCCGCACCACCUGACCCUCUCCAGCCAAGGGCACUCCACCCAGCCUGUACAACCUAUACAUUUACCGUCUUCCCCUUACCUUCACAGAUACUCUUUUCUUUACUAACAGAUAUAUAUAUAUAUAUAAAUACACAUGCAUAUGCAUAUGCACCGUUUCUUUAUGACCUCCUUACUCUGCUCCUGAGAUCGCUCCUGAACUCUUUGGUUCUGGUCCUUGUUUUCAGCGUAUGGUGUAAUUACUUCAUCUUCUUUCCAGGGGGGUCAGGGAGAGGGGGUCACUGGUGUGACUCAAGAAGACACCGGGUCUCCAGUGUCAGUCUAGUGUAGCUACUUAAACGUUUGCAUUGACGUUGGCUGUUCUUGCUGUAGCCUAUGGCCCCGUGACACCAUCCAGAGCUGUGCUCGCUGCCCUCCCCGUGGUCCCCCCAGUGCUCCCCCUGCGUUUGCUUCACCCCCUGGCCUCCCCUUGCCGCCUCAUGCCCCUACCCCAAGGAUAAGGUGUAGUUUUUCACCCCUGUGUUGUUUUGGAAGCAGAAUGUGUGGGAGCCAAGCCUACAUGCAUGCAUGGGUUCACGCACAGAUGUCUCUCUUUGCAACAUGGCAGGGUCCAGACAAGCCAUUUUUAAUACUCAAGGAAGGGAAUCUCACUCUCUCUCUCACACAAACACACAUACACAAAAUUCCCUUUUUAUAACGAGCAACUGGAUGCAGGAAGAAUUCAGCUGUGCAGGAUUCACACCCCCAGGGGUAAAUGAAAACACUCUUUGACAAUCCCCACAAGCAACCUUUGGACAAUAGCUCAGGAAGAUCUGUGAGCCAGCUGUGUUUGUCAGUGUUUGUGUUCAAUAAAUGUCUGUGCAGCUCUGCUA